GUAGCUGCUCUAUUUUUUCCUUUCUCUUGCGAAAAAGAGGUGUAGAUGGAUUGGCCUUUACACCAGUUGCUCAGUCUGCAGCACACACGAUUCUCUACACACGGGACUGGGUGCAUGCACGCACGCACCAGAUGAUCUAAAAGCUGUGUGGCCUUUUAAUGGGAAGUCGUCAACUUACUCAGCAUGAGUCAAAAGGAUACUCAAAAUUAAGAGCAUCUGAUUUUCAUUUGAAUGCAACCCGUCUUCGCAGCGGUAGGGACAGGUAGAUGUUAGUGUGUGAGUGUGACUAGCCUGCAUAGUUACUCCUGGUUCGACUGCAUAGAGAACUGGAUACGAGGGAUAAAUAAGGAAAGAUAAUUGUGCUAGCGGAAAACAGGAUUCUGUCGACUUGGACUGAUACAUUGUACAUUAUUUCCUCUUCGUUGGCCAUUCUGAAGAUGUCACUGGAUCAAUAACCGAUUCCUGUACGACAUCAGUGCCUUGGGAACACGCUGCAUACGCAAUCACGCAUUCCAGCUGACUCUUUCUCACCCCCGACUGGCGCGCUGGCGCAUACGAUGAGCGACUAUGAGGGCGCUGGACCUCGCGGAGAACCAGUCCCUGUGUCACCCAUGAAGCGGGAGGACUCCAUGGCCCUCUCGCAGCUCUCCGAAAACCACGGCCGCUACAACGAGACCACCCUCAGCCGGGAGGGACUCAGCGACCGAGAGACCUCGUACUCCUACGGCGGGUACAGCCCUGCAGCCACACCUACCCACUCUUACAGCACGGCGCGAUCGGACGGGCAGUCUCUGGGACGGGAUGGCACGACUCCCAGGAAGAAGGGGAAAACGAUGUCCCUCAAGGUCCAGAUGCUUGACGAUUCUGUUCUGACUGUCGAUGUCGUGCAAAAUGCGACAGGAACGGAUGUGUUCCUUGAAUGUUGUCGGUGUCUCAAUCUCUAUGAGAUGGACUACUUUGGUUUGGAAUAUUACACAAAGGGAGAUCAUUUGGUUUGGCUUGAGCAAGAUAAGCCUGUACUCAAACAAAUGUUAGCUCCCAAGAAGACGUUAUUCCACUUUUCAGUCAAGUUCUACUUAUCAGACCCAGGGCAACUACAUGAAGAAUUCACAAAAUACCUGUUCGCCCUGCAAGUGAAGAAAGAUCUGGCCAAUGGCAGGCUACCUUGCUCAGAAAACACAGCAGCCCUCAUGGCUUCAUAUAUCUUACAAGCUGAGGUUGGGGACUACAAUCCGAUGGAGCAUGACGACGGUCGUUACAUCACAGCAUUCCGUUUCGUGCCCAACCAAUCAAGACCGAUGGAGCUCAAGAUUCAGGAAUACCACAAAAACCACAUUGGUCAGACGAUGGCCGACGCCGACUUCAACCUCCUGGACGUGGCGCGGAGGCUGGAGAUGUACGGGGUGCGCCUCCACGCCGCCAAGGACUACGAGAACGUCCAGCUCUACCUGGCCGUCUCGCACCAGGGCACCCUGGUCUUCCAGAACAACACCAAGAUCAACACCUUCUCCUGGGCCAAGAUCCGCAAGCUCAGCUUUAAGCGGAAGCGCUUUCUCAUCAAGCUCCAUCCAGAAGGAUACGGUUAUCCCAGGAGUACGGUGGAGUUCCUGAUGGAGACCAGGAACGACUGCAAACACUUCUGGAAGGCCUGCGUAGAGCAUCACGCCUUCUUCCGUCUCACACAGAUCAAGUACCCCAGAUCAAGAAGGCGGCUCUUGAGCAGAGGAUCAACAUUUAGAUACAGUGGAAGGACUCAGAAGCAAGUUGUUGAGCAGGCCAGAGUUGGAGGAAACUCAAGAUCGUUAGUGACACUGAAUGCAUCCAGGAUGUCAACAAGAAGCCUUGGUGCUCCACGGACCACCACCCCUCUCACCAUCGACAUGACAGAGACAAUAGUCACUGACCAUCACAGUGCGCCUAACCUGGCCUUCCCAGAAGACCCCACCUAUGCCAAACCUGACAUGCCUAAGAGUCCUGUCUCAGAGUCACCGACAUCCCCUCCGUCAUCGACACCCAUCACACCGGUCCAUGACAACUCCAGAAUCGCCAUCCACAAGGGCCAGUCCAACUCCAGUAUCAUGUACGAGUACACGGUGAACGACGACAACUCGCAGCAGACCCAGGCCGAGGUGGACUCCAGCCAGGCAAGCAGGCUGGCCAGUUCCUCGGGUUCCUUCAACGCCAGGAUGGAACCGGAGCCGAUUAUGUCUUCGGGAGAGACCAGACUGGACGCCCUCUCAGAUGCGGAGCCCAGGAGGAACGGAGACAUCAACAUGGGAGGCAAUCAGAGUUCUCCUGCCCCGUCACCCACCAAAUCCAUACCAAGCUAUAACAACGAUUCCUCAGAAGUAGUCUCGUCACCAGUCACAAAUAAUCAUGAAGACGAACCAGUCAAGAAAAAGAGGCAUCCUCCUGACAGGGCUUACUUCAUCGCUAAAGAAAUCUUGACAACGGAAAGGACAUAUCUCAAAGACCUGGAAGUAGUUGUAGUCUGGUUCCGGAAAGCAACGACCAAUGAGGCGAAUCUUCCAGAGACACUGGACAUUCUCUUCAGCCACCUAGAUCCUAUAUAUGAAUUCCAUUGUAAAUUCCUCAAAGAAGUAGAACAGCGCCUUUCAUCAUGGGAAGGCAGACCCAAUGCCCAGGGCAAAGGCAUGUUCCAGAGAGUAGGUGAUAUCCUGCUCAAGAACGCUCAGCAUUUGAAGCUCUACACGGGUUACAUCGGCAAGCUCGAGGAGGUCCUCACCGAUCUGGAGGCCACGCUAAGGAAAAACAAGAAGUUUGAGUCUUUCUAUCGGGACUUUGAAAUCCAGAAGGUCUGCUAUCUGCCCUUCAACACAUUCCUUCUCAAACCUGUCCAGAGGCUGCUACAUUACAAACUGGUGCUAGAAAGACUUGUAAAGCACUAUCAACCGUCUCACCCCGACUACAAGGACUGCAAGGCUGCCCUGGGGGAUGUGGGAGACUUGACUGCUGACAUCGAGGAAAGUGUAAAGAGGAUUGAAAACUUCCAGAAGCUAACUGAAUUACAGAGAGAUCUGGUCGGCAUGGAUACACUCAUACAACCAAACAGGCAUUUUAUCCGAGAGGGUUGCCUUCACAAGCUGUCGCGCAAGGGUUACCAGCAGAGGAUGUUUUUCCUCUUCUCCGACGUCUUGGUGUACACCAGCAAGGGGGUCACGCCUACCAACCAGUUCAAAGUUCACGGCCAAAUCCCUCUCAAAGGGGUCGUGCUCGAAGACAGUGAACUGGAUCGCUCCGUUGCCAACUGCUUCACGUUGUACGGGGGUAACAAGACGGUCGUCAUAGCAGCCAGUACACCCGAGGAGAAGAUAAGAUGGAUGCAGGAUAUUCAGCUGGCUAUGAGCAUGUGCCAAGACGACGAAGUAACAGAUACAUUAAGUUCACCGGACCAAGACUCAGCAUAUGACGAUGCAGAAGAUGAAGUAUCAUCCCCAUCCAAGUCCAUUGAUCGUCAGUCACACCAUCGGGCCAACACGACGGUCCAUGUAUGCUGGCAUCGCAAUACCAGCGUUAGUAUGGCGGACCAUGUACAGGCAGUCGAGAAUCAGCUGAGUGGAUUUUUGCUGCGUAAGUUCAAGAACAGCAACGGAUGGCAGAAGCUCUGGGUGGUCUUCACAAACUUCUGUCUCUUCUUCUACAAGAGCCAUCAGGAUGACUACCCGUUGGCUAGCCUACCCCUUCUGGGCUACUCCGUCAUGAUCCCAGUGGAAGAGGAUGAUAUCCGUAAAGACUAUGUCUUCAAGCUUCAGUUCAAGACACACGUCUACUUCUUCAGGGCAGAGAGCGAGUACACAUUCAGCAGGUGGAUGGAAGUCCUAAAGAGUGCCACAUACUGCAGUAAGAUGGACAAUGAUGUCAUGUAACGGGUCACCACUGAAGCAACGCGCAAACUGCCUGUAGAGGACAUCCCCAAAGACAUUCUCUCCUUAAACACCAUCCUACAUGUAUUUCUUCCCGUGACCUGGGAAACUUGCAAGGAGUAAAGAGAGAGAGAGCAAAGAGAAAUACACUCUGCUUUCGACUUCUCCUCAACAAAUGCCCAUGGAAAUAUCUUAGGGAUAACAAAAAUGGUCCAUUCGUAGAAGAAAACAUUGCCAAAGUUGUUGCUGACUCGUUUCUUUCUUACGUAAGCACUGUCGUAAACAGAUUUCCAUGUGUGCUUUUGUAAGAGACAGCUGAUAUUUCCUUUUCAGAGGUGUAUAGAGACAAACUGAAAAAAUAAUUUGGGUGGUUUGUGAAAGAAAGCGAUGAUGAUCAAAUCUUUUUUUGUUGAUGUUUUUGUUGCGGUUGAGAGACUAGAUUUAUUAUGCAAAAUACACCAAACGACUUUAAAUAUCGCCAGAUCGGGCAUCGUGUGUUUGUGUAUAUCAUAUCAUCUUUUUAACAACAAAAAUUGGAAGAGUAUUGUGUCAAACCACUUAUUAUAUGAAUGUAAAAAGGAAAGUUUUAUACAAUUUUCUGACGUCUUACUUUUCAAUUAUGCUAUUAUGUUUUUUACAAAAGGACCACUGCCAAGAGGGCCAUGUUGGAAAGUUUUUGUUUUUUUAAACCUUUUUGUACAUCCCUCGCUUUUUUGUAGAUCAACAAGUGUAGAUGUAUAUGUAUGUAUUCUUGGUAUAAAGAAUUAUUAGCUCACUCCCUGGUUAUUUUGAGAAGCAUUACCAAGAUAUAGUCCGCUGGAAGCCAGAUGGGCGUUAACUCGAAGACAACACAAAGUUAAAGCCCUUCUUGCUUUCAACAGACAUGAUUAGGGCGAUUUUUGAACGUUUGUGUAGACUU